CGCCUUCAACCUCGAUGUGCAUUUAUCUAAAAUUAGUGUGGGUGAUUUUCAACAUAAUGAACGCAUCUUCAAUUCUUAUCACAUUCUCAUACUAUACAUUUUUGGAUGCAAACAUGCAUGCAAGGAGUAUUAACAAACAUAUGAUUAAUUCUGUGUUCACAGUUCUGAACAUUUUUAUCACUGACAAACCUGUACGUUUUUGGCAUGUGUGUUACCCUGCCUUGUUCGCCGUAAUAUAUCUGAUAUUUAAUGGGGUUUAUCAGUUACUAGGACACAAUGAGCCUUUAUAUCCUGUAUUAGAUUGGAAUAGAUUUGGCAGUGCUUUGGGAUUCUCUUUCCUAGAGGUUUUGGUUGCCCUUCCGAUCAGCCACACUAUCUUCUUUGGUUUGUAUAAGCUUAGGUGUUGCUGCCCAAGGAGAUGUCAUGAGGAUUCCACAGGGUACCAUCCUGUCGACAACACAGAAUCAACAGAAAGACAAGACAUAAAUUCUAUAGAGUUAGAUACGAAUGUUCCGAGGAAUUAUAAAACAUUUAAGCCAAAUGAAACAUAAUUUUUCCUGCGCCAGGAAAUGGUUGAAAUAUGUUUUGAUUUUUUUGUCCAUCAGUCACUCGUACUUAUUAUUUUAUCUUUCUUGUUAUCUUUAUUGUGUUUUAGACAGUGAGUCAAUGUUUGUGAUGUUACUUUA